UCCCGGAGGCGGCCGGAUUGUUCGUUACUGAACGAGGACAUGUUUUCGUGUUGAGGUUAUCGUCACGAAACAUGCGGCGCUCACGCCGAAGAAACGCCAUCGUCAUUGCAGCGAGCGGCGCAGACGUUCUCCAUCGCGCGCACGCAACGUGUGCGUUCUUCGUUCAGGAGCCCGCGGAUGUUGCGCGCACAGUCCUAGCAUUUGUCGUGGGGAAUGCGAUAUCGCAUCCCUCACGACCAGCGCCAAGAGCGCGCGCUCAACAUCCAUGGCCUCUAUGGUGGAUCAUGUGCACGUUGUGUGCGCGGGAUGGAGACGACAGCAACUCUCCCGGGAUUGACGCCAUAGUCUCUUCGGGGAGGGAGGCUCAAAUGUUGCGCCACUUGCCACACGUGGCACGACAUGAGGACAAUGAUGACGACGGUGAUAAACACGAUGAUAGUGACGAUUACGGUGGUGAUGUUGAUCUGGGCGACGAUGUCGCUGACGAUGAUAACGAUGAUGAUGUCGAUGAUGAUGUUCAUGAUGAUGAUGAUUGUGAUGACGACGAUGAUGAUGAUGACGAUGAUGACGAUGAUGAUGACGAUGUUGAUGAUGGGGAUGAAAACGAAGAGGACGAUGGCGGUGAUUUCGAUGACGGCGAUGAUGUCGCUGAUGAUGAUGAUGUUGUUGAUGACGUUGAUGAUGUUGAUGAUGUUGUCGAUGAUGAUGACGAUGUUGAUGACGUUGACGAGGUUGAUGAUGAUGUUGUUGAUCAUGAUGAUGAUGAUGUUGAUGAAGAAGAUGAUGAUCACGAUGACAAUGAUGGUGAUGAUGAUGAUGAUGAUGAAGAUGAUGACGCUGAUGGUGGUGGCGACGAUGAUGGUGAUGAUGGGGGCGAUGAUGAUGAUGAUGAUGAUGGCAAGCAAGAAUCACGGGGCCGCUCGCGACUUGAAACAGUUCUUCGAGGAGGCGCAGUUCUUCGACGACGGCGAAGCGCACACGAUGGCGCAACUGUUCGACAAGGGCUCAGCGCAAACGGCGUUGGCCACUUGCUGACGCAGGACGCAGAGACGCCCGCCGCCGCCUGGCGCAACAGCGGAGCAGAAAAGGCAAUGGAGGAUGUCGCUGACGGGACGCCGAGCGCGAAUGCGCUUGUCAGGCUCGAGAUGCGAAAGGGCUGCCCUAGACCCGAGUCAGCUGAGCGUCAGACUGGGAACGUCGUCGCCGGUGCCAAGGGGGCAGUUCUCGACAUGUGUAUGUUCGAGGGGUUCGGAGCGGGUACCGCGAACACCCCGUUCUACAACGACCUCUGGUGGCAGGGCGGGUUUGUUUUGGGUCGAGAGUUCUUCGACCUGUUGGAGGACAAGGGCAUCCCCCUCGACGUCCCUUGCGAAGUCGGUCCCGACCUGGAACUGUCGAUGCCUUUGCUGCCGUGCGGCGGUUGUGAGUCGAGCGGGGCAGCGGGGGAGGGGGGUGAUAUGGGUUCCGGGGAGGCUACACAUGUGCAGCGGGAGGAUGCUAGAGGUCAGUUUGACGACAGCGAAGAUGAGGCGACACCGCGUCCGCUGUUUUCGCCGUCGAGGGAAAGAGACAGGUCCGUGCUGUCCAUACCUGGGGUCCGGCAACAGACCGCAGCGGAUCCCGGAGAAGAGGGAGUCCUGUGUGGGUCUGACUUGGAUCCUGCCGAGGGCCAUGGCGCGGAAGGCGAGGCCGUGGGCGGGGAGGGAGCGCAAGGCAUUCCCCAAAAAAAGAGGGGAGAAUGUCAAGAAGAGUUGGUGGGCUCUUCGAAGAAACAGAAGAACAAGACCCCGAGGACUGCGGGGGAGAAACGGAAGGGGAGGGGGGUGGAAGAGGGCCACCCGGGUAGCAAACGUCCAGCUUCGAAACAUGAACAGCCUGAGUCGGGACCUUCUUCACCACGGCCUGCCAUCGACGUGGACGCCGGGUACUUCCUGGAGUACAAAGACGGCGUCAGGACAAGUUGGGAGUUUGAGAUCAGCCCGGCUCAGAUCGUUGACAUAAGGGAGUGGGAGGAUCUUUACAACCAGCGGUCGCUAGAUCCCGUCCUCGUGGAAACGAUAAGGGAAGCAAUGCGGUCUGUGUUCGAAAAUAAAGAGCAGACGUACGAGUUAUCGGUCUUCAAGCUCGCACCACUGGGUCUUCAAAAACCAACUCCUGGGACCAAGGCACAACGUCUGAAGCUCGAGGAGUGGAGGGAUGAGCUGGUGGGAGAAUACUACUACUACGCGGUGUGCGGGCAGCACAACGCGGCUGCAGCUAGGUCGCUGCUCGACAGCGAGGUGGCCAAGAAGUACAAUUUCGAGCGGUGGCCGGCACGGAUAGGGUACUUUUCCGACGAUGACUUCGAAGGGUAUUUUCUUGUUAGUUCACACGACAACAAGGACUUGAAGUGGCCUCCCAGACAGUUGAAACUUUCUAUGAAAGACAUUCGAUGGCAGUGGAAGCAUGACGGUUGCCCGAGAGCUGUGAUGGGGAACCCUAGCGGGAAACAAGAUCACGUCCGGGCUUGGCGUAAGUUUUGUACAACGGCGCUCCAUAAGGCGCCUCAAAACAGCUUGUGGCUUCUCGCAGAUCAAAAGGAAGAGGAGGCCAUUAAGAAGCAAAAUGCUGCCCUGCGUUCUUACUUACUUCUGGCGAUGGCCGGGGAAAAUGUCUGGAAACUGGCCGUGGAAUUUUUCGAAAAAUGGGAGACGGGCAGAUUGCUGAGCCACGAUGGGGCGAAGUGGACCGUCAAAAAGAAGAAGGUGAAAAACGUAAAGCCUGAGGUCGCCUACAUCCACAACGACGAAUUGGGCAGAACGGAGGUGGUGUACAACGUUCCCGGCAGCGUCCACGGGGAUAUGGAACGCAAUCCGACCCAAUUCGUCGGUCUUCUUGAUUUUCUUGGCAAGAAGGGAGAGGGUGUUGUGUUCCUUGGGAAACCGCACGCGCGAAGCGUGUGGGAGCUUCUGAAGGCCGGCCGACACGUUGUUGCAAUGGAAGGGAACUCCGACCUCUUGCAAUUCACGAUGCAGGUGGUGAAAAGCGUGGUCAAUUCGAGUGGGCACAAUUGUGAGUUCAUGGUCGUGAGGCCAACACGGGAUAAGGUGUGGAGCAAGAAGACGGAUACGUGGUUCAAGUUGAGCGAGAGGAAGAGGAACAAGAUAUACGAUUUAUUGUUCCUUCAAACACGUUCGAGGAGGGACACUGACGCCGAGUACAUCCGCCGGAAGGACCACAUGUUGGCACUGCUCGACAACUACCACUUCGCCUCCCGCAUGAACGCGAAAACGUUUAUCGAAAGGCUGCAGUCGCUGUACUUCGUGGAGUCCGAGGAGCAGUUGAAGUUAGCCAGUUACGCUUCCCUGAUCUCCACUGAUGACGAGGAAGCCAUAGGUGUGGAGUUUGUCACCAACGCGAAGGAGGAGGAGAGCGACACAGAGAGCAUCGACCUGCAGUACGACCCGCCUCCGGCGGACCACGGCCGAGGGUCCUCAUCGGCCGGUCUGUCCCCAAGCGCUGCAGCCCUCAUGUCACCAUUGGCAAAACCGGCACCGGGCACCACGCCGAUGAAGUUGCUGGAGAGACUUAGAGCUCUGGCCGCCCCCCCGCCCGCUUUGCGUCCCGGGUCCGUUGUCCCGCCCGAUCAUCCGUCUUGGAAGGAUGACAACAUCCACUUCCUGCUUGAACCGCAACGUCAUUCACCUGAGCGGGACAGGGGCCAUGACAUGGUUUGGCAUCCGGGAGUCAUCCAGCCAGCGAUACGAAAUGGCGAGUGGGUCAUGGCCGUGGCAAUCCCGGGCGCGGGAUGGGUGUCAUUCCCACGCGAGUCGAAGUCCAACUUCCUGCACCUCGCGAGGAUUUCGGUCCUCCAGAAAGUGAAGGUCGAAAAUGACACUUUAGCACCCGGCAACCUGUCCCUCAUUUCCACUGCCGGUCGACUGUUUGACGAGCUUCAGGACAAGUGCUGGUUGGAAUUGACGGAGGACUACUACGAGCUCGACACGAGUCCGUCGAAGGGCGUGGUGGAGUGGAAAGUGCCCCCUCCCAAUGGGCCGGACGGUGGUUCCGGGGGGGGGUCACCUGGAAGCGGAGGGGAUGGUGGCGACGCAGGGGGUGGCAAAGGAAUCCCACCUGUGGGGGAGAGAGGGUCUCACGGCCGCAACACGACACCGGGAGGCAGCGCUUGGGUGGCGGCCUUGGUUGCUCUGGGCAUUCGCUCGGUCGGAAAGCCGAAGUCCGCCGGGAUCCGAACUACGUCGGGUGAGGAGCCGCCAGAGCGGUCCGGAAUGCGAAGCUGCUCGGGGUCGGGGGAUCCAAGCACGGAUCGAGAAAUUCGCAGCAUUGCGGCGUGGGACGGAGACGUCGGAACGGUGUCGCCUGCGCGGGAGCGACGGCCGCAAGGAUUGCAGCGGGAGGCUGCAAGUGCAGGGUCCGGCGACACGGAGACCACGAAGUCCGCUGAGAUCCGAACUUCGUCGGGCGGGGGGUGUCGGCCAGGGAUUGUCGUGCCGUUGAGAGGGGCAGCGUGCACGGGGACGGAAGGGCGGUCCUCGCGAUUCGGCACGGGUACCGUGGAAGGGGACGAGUUUCAUGGGAGGGAAGUAGGGGAGGAAACGGAGGAAAAGAAGGGAGCGCAAGAAGGGGAGGAAGAAGGGGAAGGAGAGGUGGAAGGGGAGGAAGCGGGAGAAACGAAGCUAAUUGAUUUGUUUGAAGGAAGGGAGGGUGCCGGGUCUGGAGAGGACGAACUGGAACACAGUGAAGACGAUGCCGGAUCUGGAAAGUCGUCUGACGAGUUCGGACAACUGUACGGAGAGCAUCACGAGGAUGAUGUCGACGACGAUGCCACGGCAAUAGAGAUGGAGACACAAGUGGUCAGCAGCCUUUCCCCAGAGCCUGAAGAUUAUGAGGUCCGGCCACUGACAUCUACUGUCGACUUGCAGCACCGGUUCAACGAGGCUUUCGUCGCUAUCAGCCCGUUUGAAAAAAGUCGACGUAUAAGCAUCGACGAAGUUAUCGACGGUAUCCUCAGCGACCACAACGUGUCUUCCCGUCCGUCCGCAACUGCCAACGUUGCACCUUCCGUGGAAGCUGCCCUCGCUUCGUCGCCGCCGAAGUCCCUGGUGCUGCAGGCCACCCUUGCCGCCAAAGGGGAAGGCGAGUGUGAUGGAGGACAGCAUUUGACGUCCCCAAAAAAGUCGAGGUUCGGCGGUCAGGCUCUCGACGUGCUCGCUUUGCCUGCGCCAAAUUCACCAUCGAAGGAGCGGAGAGAGAAACAGACUGGUAAGCCUUGAAGAACGCCUGCGUAUCCGGAUGUCGUCGGAUUACAGUCCGCGCUAUACACACGACGACUGUCCACACUGUCUGUGCAUACGGGAAG